GCCCGGUGGGGGAGUGCAGCGCUGGAGGCCCGGCUCGCCCUGGCUGGUGAGGCAGGGGCCCUUCUGGGUCUCCUUGAUGCGGCUUUUGGGAGCGUGACAGCGCCCUGUGGGGCUGGGAGCGCUGCUGAGGGACUGCGGGGUGCGGAGUCCCGAUAGGCCUGGGGGGCUCCCUGGGCAGCGGGGUGGCCGCUGGGGUUGGGGGAGCACAGGGAUCCCGUGGGUACAGCGCUGUGCGGGUGCCCGCAGCCUCUGCUGUUGCGUCAUCCGCCGCUGCGGGAUGCAGAGACCGCGUCCCCCCGUCCCGGUGUCCCCCCGUCCGUUGUGGUACACCCCGUGUUCUGUUUGAGCACCCCGUAAUAACUCAGCCCUAAACACAAAAGCAAAGAAGCUGAUUGCCUCCCUCCCUGCCUGCUUCCUAAUAGCUGUCUCCAUUGAUGUGGCAGCAUUUCUUGCAGAGAGGGCGUGUUGGUGAGACAGGGCCACUUGUUCCUGUGGGACUUUAAACUUCCAGGUGUGAUAUUUCUCCUGGUCAGCCGUAACUCCAUGUACAGGCGCCCUUAAAAACAUAUCCUGUUCGUGCAGUCAUGUCUGAAGAAGACAACGGUGAAAAUCUGAAAGGGGAAACCUCUCAUGAAGAUGAGAAUGAGCAGAAGGUGGAAGAACUUGGCAGCACUGAGAGCAAUGAAGAGAGAGAGCCUGUGCCUGUGACUCGGAAGAGACCUGAACCCAAAGCCCCCAGUCAGUCUGCUGGCACAGAAACGCCCACAGCUGAAACUUCCAAGGUUUCAGAACCUCCUGCAUCUCAGUCAGGAUGGGGGUACUGGGGGAGCUGGGGGAAAUCCCUUCUGUCAACUGCAUCUGCUACUGUAGCUACUGUAGGUCAAGGUAUUUCAAAUGUCAUAGAAAAAGCAGAAACAACCCUUGGGAUCCCCAGUCCUAGUGAGAUCUCUUCAGAGACCAGAGAUGCUACGAGAGGAAGCGAGAAUCCCGAUGCUAACAGCGCAGAUGCAACUGGCGAUGGCAGUUCCUUUCCUAUUGCUGGAGCUUUUGGAGUUCUUUCAACCAUCUCUACUGCUGUUCAAAGCACAGGAAAAAGUGUUAUUACCGGAGGUCUAGAUGCCUUGGAAUUCAUUGGGAAAAAGACAAUGGAUGUGAUAGCUGAGGGAGACCCUGGGUUCAAAAAAACAAAGGGCCUAAUGAACAGAACCUCUACGUUAUCUCAGGUCUUACGAGAGGCAAAGGAGAAAGAAGAGCAGCAGACAGCUACUGAGGUUACCAUGACUACAGAGAAGAAAGCCCAUUAUGGGUUACUGUUUGAUGAGUUUCAGGGUCUUUCACAUCUGGAGGCCUUAGAGAUGCUUUCUAGAGAGUGUGAAUCAAAGGUGAAAUUGGUUCUAAAUGCCCUCUCUGGAGAAGAGUUGGAGACAGUGAAAGAGGAAAUGGAGCAACUCAAUGAAGCAUUUUCUUUAGCUGAAUUCUUUGAAGAAGAAGAGGAAGAAAAGAAAGGAGAUGAGGAGUUUACCAAAGAAGUAACAGAGCUGUUUGCAGAGUUGCGUAUCUCCACAAAGCCGGAUAAACUGAUCAUGGUGAGGACAUCUGCUCAUGACUGGAUAGCACAGUUCAACAGCAGUCUUCCUAAAGAAGAAAAAGAGAGUGAAGAAAACGAGGAAGUAGAACCUGGAGGUGGUGACCAUGAUGUUAAAAAAUCAGUAGAGGAUAUUCAUGCAUUUGCCAUAAGAAGUCUGGCUGAGCUGACAGCAUACUCCAUUGAAUCGUUCCACAGAACUGCAGCUUUGUUUCUGCAUGGUCAGAAACAGGAGGUGACUGCCACAGACAGAGCCAAGUCCCUUUCACAAGUGACGAUCGUGCUGUGUAAGGAACUGUCAUCUUUCUCCAAAGAGUUUACUACGUGCUUAACAAUUGCAGGGGUCAAAGAGAAGGCAGAUGUGCUUAAUCCCUUAAUCACUGGAGUGUUUUUGGAGGCUUCAAACAGUGCUUCGUACAUCCAGGAUGCCUUCCAGCUCUUGCUGCCUGUACUGCAGCUCUCUCUUAUUGAGGCUAGAACGGAACUAUCACAGCAAUAAAAACCCAUCUAAUUAAGAACUUCUUGACCUUCUCGCUUCGUGUUUUCCAUGCUGGAGAAUGACGUAAUGGCUGAUAUUAAGAGGGAAAAAGAUGAACUGAUCACUGCUACUGCAAGAGCAAUGAUAAAGUACAGUCUGACAGUGACAGCUCCUACAGCUCAUUGAGGGAUGUGAUUAGCAUAGUCCAGGCUGGUGGACGAUGUGACAGAUUUCAAGUGCAGAUUGCUUCCCUGUUUCCAUAGGCUUGGAGUGAAGUGAAGUCUCUCUGCUGUAUGUGUUAACAAGCUCUUUGGAGAAGCUCUCCAGACUGGAGACAAUGCUGGAGAAAAGAGUAACAGCUGGCAAUUUAAGAGUUAGCUGAAGUCAUAGUUGAUUUUUAAGUCAGAGAGACAUAGCUCGGCUUCUGAAUGCUCAGCAUUGGAGCUGAAGUGGACGCUGGAUAGAAGAUGCAAGAGAAGGCAAAGAUUUUUGAUCAUCGCUCCUGAUUAUUUUUCAAGACUGAAAAGAAUAGAACAGAGAGGGUUCCUUGUUGAGCCAUUGUUGCAGAAGAGAAGCCCCAGCUUCCUGGAGGUGUCUGCUAAUGACUCAGGGAUGUGGGACUGGGACUCACCAGGGUGCUGUUAUUUGUUCUCUUGCAGAAUGCUUGCCUCGGCACAAACUGGAAAAAUGCUGAUCUGGCCCUAAGAAUGUGGGUACUUUACUUUAUAGCAAUAAACGAGAACUGGCUAAAAGGGAUUGAUUCUUGUUUGAGCAAUCUAAUGAGAGAAUUGAGCCGUAGGAUGCCUCUUUUUUAAUGCAGCUUGACGUGUCAGCCACAGACUGUUCAGGCUCAGAUACUGGUUUUUUUUUUUCCAAUUUAUGUGUAAAAGUACUAUAAUGUAAUGCUCCUUCUUGGAAGACAUAUUAAAGCAGAGGAAGAGGAAGCAAUUUGGUUCUGUUAGCAGGAGUCCUAAUUUGUCUCAGAAGCUGCUUCACGUAUCGUAUGUGUUCCUUUGUGCUAUGAAAGUUCCCUGCUUUGUUCCUUUUUACAAUUUCUAUCUUUUGAGCUUUCCCAUUGGGAGGGAACAGCCUCUGUUGAAAUCACAAGAGCAGAAACGCACGGCUUAAAUGGAACUUAAAGAAGUCCAGAAUAGCAAACCAGAGGUGACUGAGUGUCACACCUGCCUCUGUAUUUGCUCAUUGGUAAGAAUGAUGCUCAGAUCUUAUUUUUCAAAUCCUCUGGGUUUUUGCAGGCCUUGCAGAUUUCUGCAGUACUGAAGGCUUAGUGUUUCUCUGCUCCAUUGUGCAACAGAGAGAUGUUCUUUGUAUUAGUAUACCUCUCUGCUAAUGCUGCUCUAGUUUUAUGAGCAUGGAGAAGCCCUUGCCUUAGUCCUGGUUAGGCUGAUCAAAUCUCUGGAGUGUUUUAUUUUGCUUUUUAAAGAAUGCUAGACUUGAAAGGAGUGUGACUGGGGAAAAAAAAUAUCUAUGCUACAAUGAGUUACGUACUUUUUCUUUACAUUGAUAGCAUUUUUAGAAAGGGAUUUGUUUUGAUGACCGUUUCAGGUGGUGAGGGGUGCUAACAAAGCAGCAGGGAAGAGCUGUGCUGCCUUUCCUCACCCCCUGGCUGGUUUGUGUGGCAGGGCUGUGUGCUGCUGUGGGGCAGGGGCAGCUGGGCCUCUCAUGGCAGGGCACCCUUCCAUAGGAAACGAGGCUCUAAACACAGGCUGGGGUGUGAGAGCUCCCACAUCUGAGCUCUAAAUUACUGCAUCGACACAAAAUGUCACCUUGGCUCCUGCCACAAAGCCAAGAUUUACAGAAAUGUCAGAAGAGGAAAAAAUGAUGAUAACAGGGCUUUAUGAAGCAGCAGCUACUUCUUUUUUUUUGGGCAGGUUGUCUACUUAAGCCGGCCUGCAGUGCUUCUGUGUAGAAGAGUUUAAUAAUUAAAGGGAAGGAGGUGUUUCUUUAUUUUUUUAAUAAUGCAGAUGGUAGCUCUUUCGGUCACGUGCUCACCUGCUUUUUGUUAGAGCAGCCGGAGCACAGCUGUGCAGCAGCUUCACCUGUGUGCCUCUGCAAGGACCGCAGUAGAUUGCCAACAGAAAUAGUUACAAUUGCUGAAAUCUUGCUACCCAAAGCAUGCAUCAGAAUUCACCAUCCAACUGUCUGGAGGUCUUAUUGCUCAGCCUUGACUUGCUCGUGAAUCUGAUGAGAGCUGGCAGUGAUUUGAGCACUUCUGGUGGUGUUCAGAGAGAUGAGAGGUGGCUGAGAAUAGAUAAGAGUUAGCUGAGAUGCUGGCAGGGGCUGGGAGGAGGAAAAAGCCUUCCACAAUUAUUUUCUUUCCUUAGGAGAUAUUCUGUUACUUGCAGCUGCAAAAGCUGCUUCCUGGCAGCUGCUGUGGAAAGGUUUAAAACAUGAAAAAGGCUUGCUUCUCCCGACGUGCCCCCAACCUUGGCCCAGCCACGUUCCCAGGGACUCACUUUUCAUUAUUAACACACACACGUUCAGCAGCAGCAAAACCUCUGAUGCAGGAGGGCCGAGUGGUUGUCCUGCUCAUUUGGAAGUGGCAGCAGCUCUGGUGCCAGCAGUGCUGAUGGCUGUGAGUGAGGGGAUGGGUGUCCACGUGUCCUGAAUCACCCGCAGCACGAGUUAAAUGCUCUGACUCAGGAGCAGGAAGGGAAAGCUUAAGCCAGGAGGAGGGAGGCUGUGACAUUUCUUCCCCAGGUACGCAUGCUGGAUCAUAAAUAAACAGUUGUCUGUAGUGAUGUGAUUUCAGCAGAAAGAUUGGUGUUCUGUAGCCAAAGGCUGCUUGGCACAGCAAUCAGAUCCAGCAUGGGAGGACAUAAAUGCCCAGUCCCGUGCUAAUUAAUGUUUCUGGGAGUGCAGCUCUGCACUUUGACAGCAGCUCAUUGCACUGAUGCUGGCUGCUGCCUGCUACGUUCCUGUUCCCUUCCACUAUUUGAGGGCAGCUCCGUGCCUGCUGGAGGCUGAGAACAGAGCUCAGGUGUGCUUUGUGGGCUGGGGCCGCUGAUGUCCCAUCACAUGGUAACAACCAGAUUCAUGUUACAAGAUGCUGCUGGCUGUGGUCUGGCUGGGGCAGCUCUCAGGAGCCACAGCCCUGGGGUGGUGCUCUGUGUCUCCAUGUCCCUGCAGCAAUGCCGGGGCUGUGCCCUUGAUGGCUCUGUCUGGAGGAUGAUGGAGGUGCCCCAUCAUCAUACCACAAGCCUGGCAGGGCAGGCAGGGUGCAGUGACUGCUGUAAUAGGCUCACCAUUUUCAAAACAAGGUCAAGCACCAUGCCUGUGGGUGAGGAUCCUCAUCAGGGGAUGGCAGGAGCUGUUCGGACACGCAGGGUUGGAUUCCAGCUGAUCCUGACACCGAGCAUCCUCCCUGCCCUGCUAUGACCUGGUGCCAUGCAUCCCGACCCUGAGCUUUGUGUGCCUUGCCUACCUCUUACUUCUGAUCCAACCUUGCUGGGAGGACUCAUGCUCUGUAUUUGGGGUCAGCAUGGACUCCCAUAAGUCCAGGAGGCUCAGGGCAUCCAUGGGCAGGUUUUUGGGGUGGGCGACCUCUGUGUAGCUGCAGCUCCACUGCAGGGUACUCAGGGUCAGCUUGCACGUGAGUUACAAUUACAGUUGUAAUUACUGUGGGAGGAACUUUGCUGUAGAUUUGAAGGGUUUAAAUGGGGCAAAUCUUGUGGGAGAUGUAAUACCUUUUAUUAGGUGGAGAAAACAAAUCAGCUUUCAGGGCGGGUCGCAGAGCCAGUUUUUCUGCUCCCAGAGUGGGACUUGGGGAGGAGACCGCAAUGCUCAAAUAGCCACCGUGCUGCCCACUGCCAGCCAGGUGCUGAGGAGCCCACUCGCCUUUCCUGCUCCAGGUGUGACCACCUUGUGCUCCAGAGCCCUUUGGUUGUGGUGAAAUGUCGACGAUCCUGAAAUGGUUUGGACGGGAAGAUAAGGAGAGAGAGGAGAAGGAAGAGGAGAAGAAGCAGGAGGCAGAGGAGGAAAAGGACGAGGGAGUUGGGGACGGUGACAACAGGAGCAGCAGCAGCACAGAGGAGCCCCAGGACCAGGGCCGUGCUGAGGAUGUUGAGAAGGAAGCCCAGGAGUAGACUUGCUGGGCACGCCGAGGAGGUGGGGAUGCUGGAAGGGGCUGGCCACUGGUAGCCAAAUAAAAGCAUUUGGACCCCAAA